AUGUCGUUUAGCGCCGACGAGAACCAGGGAGCCACGGCCACACCGGCCGAGGAAAUCCCCGUACAUAAACCCCCAAAAGCUGUCGCUAACGGGGGCGCGAACGAUGCAGUCCCCGCCGACCUCCUGAUGGCACUAAUCUGUCUGCCGACCGAACUGCAGCAGCUGCAGGAACAUGCUAUCAUGACGAUGGCGUUGCACCAGUCACCGCCGAACCGGACGGGUGCGGCGCCGACAGCGAUCCUGGACCGAGCCCUAAUGCGCUAUUGCAUAAGCCAACAGUUUAGAGAGCGUCUAGAGGAGCAAGCUUGGUACGGCCGCUUCCAGGAUGAAACCCAGGGCCGGAACCGCUGCGAGCACUUGGCUACCCGCCUGCAAGACCUGGCGAAUAUGGUGGCCGUGCCUAUUCCCGAGAACAUCAUCCGCCUACGGCUGAUCAACGGAUCCCGGCCAGAGCUGAAGGCCAAAUGGCUACAGGAGCGAGAACCCCCGAAGAGCCUCGCCGACACGAUCGAUCCGUUCUGUCAACUGGAGAGAGGCAUCAGCCUUGCGAAAGAGCCCCAAACGGACCCGCACGCCAUGGAACUGUCGGCGAUUGAUAACCAUCAGUGCCCCGGAUGGAGAAUCCCUCCUGUUAGGAUGUAA